AAAUAUAUAGAAGUAAAAAGAAAUAUUAAAGAAUUUUGUCAGGCUUACGUUCAAAAUUCAAUAUCAAAAUUCAUAGGUUUUAAGAUGUUCAACAUUGGCACCAGCUCGGAAGUCAGCUCAACGGCGACCAUUGUAAAUGUGAAGGAUGCGAUGAAUACGCCAACUGCCUCAAUAUCUAAUUGCAAUCGUAUAAGGAGUCGUAGUCGUAGUCGUAGUCGUAGUCGCAGUCGCAGUCGGAGUCCCGGUGCCAUCUCCGACAGCUUUAAGUUGAGUCCGGCAGAGAUGCCGUCGAACAGUCGCAGAGCCUUUCUACAGCACAUGGUUGAUAAUUUGCCAAAGACGGUGCGCAAUCGUGUGUUGGCGCUGAAGCACAAUCAAUUGCAGCAGAUUAAAAUAUCGGAGCAAUUCUUUCGCGAGGUCUACGAUCUUGAGAAGCGUUUCUAUUUGCAGAGUUGUACGCUCUUUGAUGUCCGGCGCGAUAUUGUCGCCGGUGAUGUGGAGCCGCCGGUAAUGGAGCGCUAUUGGCGCGAGGAGCCCGAUGAAUUGCUCGAGGAGAUUAAGACCACAGAGGAAUUUAAGCAACUGACCGAACAGCUGCAUCAAUUGCCAUCCAAUGCGGUGGGCGUGCCUAGUUUCUGGUUAACGGUCUUUCGCAAUGUGGCCCUCAUCUCAGAUCUGGUGCAGGAGCACGAUGAGCCAUUGCUCGAGUGCCUGCUCGAUGUGCGCAUUAGUUACGAGCCAGAUAGUUAUACAGUUCAUUUUCAGUUUCGUCCCAAUGGGUAUCUGCACACAUCCUCUCUGCAGCUAACAAAAAAAUAUAUAUUGCGUCACGAGGCGGACAAGGACUAUCCAUUUAUGUUCGAGGGUCCAGAAAUUGUACGUUGCGAGGGCUGUCACAUUCACUGGCGGGAUGGCUCUAAUCUGACAUUACAGACGGUCAAACAGAAACGUCCCCGGAAAGGUGCACGCAAUAUAUCAAAGGUGAUGCCACGUGAGUCCUUCUUUCGAUUCUUCUCACCGCCGCAGGCGAUGGAUCUAUCAUUGGCCGAUGAGAAGACAAAAAUGGUACUUGGCGCCGACUUUGAGGUGGGCUAUUUGCUGCGCACCCAAAUUGUGCCCAAGGCGAUACUCUUCUAUACUGGCGACAUUGUGGAUAACGUCAACGAUGAGCUCUGCACAGCGGACAAUACAUCGGCAUCGUUGUCCUCUCUGUCGCAUGGUGAUCAAGAUAAUCAAAGGAACUCAAAGGAACGCCCCAGCAUUAGCAGUGUUAAUCCUAAAUAGAAGUUUUAAGAUUUUCAUUAA